AUGAGGAUUUAUCCAUACUCGGACUAUCGAUUAUGUGAGUGUGCUGUGGAUUUAAGACGCAGCCGUCAGCAGCCCAAACACCCGACUCACUGCUGCGCUUGCGUCAAUAUCUCUCAAUCGCUCCUUCACGCUCUACCAUCUCAAGCUCUUCCGUCGAGGCAGUCGACUUCGGUAUCUGCGGUGCCGCGUCAGCACCCACAACUUCACGUCCGACAGACGUCAGUGGGAGCAGCAACAGGAACGGAAGUGAUCCUUCGUCAGCACGUCCAUCCACUCUCUGCUCAUCCUCAACACUUGAGUCGAAGAGAUAGAGCAAUGCUAACCUCUUCCAUGCUUGUGGCCCCUCAGUCCUCUGCUGCUCCCGUUGUAACCCACAUGCAGUCCGCGCAGAACCCCCAUCCUUUAGCCGCUUAUCAUCAUCACCAUCAUCAUCACCAACAGCUUUACAGACAAUCACUUCCACCGAUGCUGGGUAGCACUCAGCAGCGUCUGCAACUGACCUCGACUGCCUACGCGGCGAUGCUUAAGGAGGUACACAUUCGAUAG